UGUAGCGGUGCUCAGUCUGUCACCACGGAGACAAUGGCCUGGCUGCUCUACAUCGCCUGCAUCCUGGUCUGCUGCCCGGAGCUGCUGCAGGGCAAAGCCUCAGAGUACCAGCUGGAGUCGGAGAGUCUGAGCCAAUGUGAGUUGCUAAGGGGCGUGGCUGUUGCCAAGCAACAAGGUGACAUCCCUCACUGUACGGAGGACGGCAGGUUCAGGCCUGUUCAGUGCAGUGGGCGGGGUCAGGAGUGUUGGUGUGUUGACGCUGAAGGUCAGGAGGUCGUCGGGACUCGAACCAACGGCUCUGCUCCUCACUGUGCGUCUCCCUGCCAGCUGCAGUCGGUCUUGCGGUGUUCUCCGUCAGGACUCUUUGAGUCAGUUCAGUGUGACUCCAGCAGGGGGCAGUGUUGGUGUGUGGAUCAGGACGGUAUGGAGCUGUACGGGACCCGACAGGCUGGGACACCUCAUCGCUGUCCGGGCAGCUGUGAGGUGAGGUCGCGGCGUCUCCUCCACGCCUCCGGGUCUCGCUCUCCUCCUCAGUGUGCUGAAGACGGCGGCUUCCUUCCUGUUCAGUGUCAGUUCAUCAACAUGACAGACAGACGAGAGCUGGACCUGCUGCACGCCUUCAACAGUUUCCCAGAAGCCUUUGAGACGUUCAGCAGUUUCAGGAGGUUUUUCCCGAAGGUUUCCUCCUACUGCUUCUGUUCAGACAGCAGAGGCCGAGAGCUGGAGGACACAGGUGUGGAGCUCCUCCUGUCUGAGGUGUAUGACUCGGCGUUCUCCGGCCUUCGGUCCGGUCGCUCCGUCUCUCAGACCAACAUCUACAGAGUCCUGCAGAGGAGGAUGCUGGGAGUCCGCCUCGCGCUCACCGGACACUUCAGAUGUCCUUCUCCCUGUGAGGAGGAGCGACGGGCAGCGACGGAGGCAUCCAGUGUUUUCAUCCCAUCCUGUGAGACCGGAGGAUCCUUCACCUCCAGACAGUGUCAGCAGGGGGCGCUGUGCUGGUGUGUCGACCCCACAGGGAAGGAGCUUCCUGGGACACGACAGCACGGAGAUUCCCUGGUCUGCAGUUCAGGUCUUGUUGACUGUCUGUCUCAGCGUCGCCUCGCUCUGUCCCGGCUCUUCUCCGGUCCCGUUGAUCCUCCUCUCCGGGCCUCCUCUGGCAGAUCUCCGGCCUCCUGUCUCUCUCUCCUCCACCCUCUCAGGGAGCUCCUGUCCAUAGAGGCGGACCCGACCUCCUUCCUGUCUCACCUGGUCGAAGUCCUCCACGGUCUCUUCCCCUCGGUGGGCGGAGCCCUGCAGGCUCUGGCUCGCUCCUCCCCUCGUCGCCUCCAGGAGAACCUGUUCGGAGGGAAGUUCCUGAAGAACGCCGCCUCCUUUAACUUCAGCGGGGCGGUGGGAACUCGAGGGGCCCUCGGCCUGGGCCGGCUCUCCUCUCAGAGCGUCAGCCUCCAGAAGAACCGGGAUCUGGUCCAGUCUGUCAGCAGAGCUCUGGAGGACCCCGCCUUCCUCUCUGCCCUCCAGCACACACUGAGCGGACUGAGCAGGUCGCACUCACUGGAGCAGGCGCUGACUCCUCUGCUGCGCUCCUGCUCCGGGUACGAGGAGGAGGAUGCGGCGGCCGUCUUUGUCCCGAGCUGCACGGCCAGCGGUGCUUUCCAGGAGGUUCAGUGUCGGGGUGAGGAGUGCUGGUGUGUCGAUCCUCAGGGUCGGGAGGUCCGAUGUCCGUCCCGCUGCGAGAGGGCGCGAGCGACGGCUGUGAAGGUGAAAGGAAACAUGGCAGCUGGCACCGAAAUCCACAUCCCAGCGUGCUCUGAGGACGGAGACUUCCUGCCGCUGCAGUGCGUGGGAUCACGCUGCUUCUGCGUGGACGCUGAGGGGAAGACAAUGACUGCGGGGUCAGCAGGGGGCGCUGUGACCUGUCCAGAGAAGACACCGCAGGAGCUUCAGGCGUCUGCAGGUCGGUGCUCUCGGGCGUUGGCUGAGGUAACGACGUUCAGACAGGAAGUGAGGAGCAUCAUCGCGCUCUCUAACUCCUCCCACCUCCCUCUGGGAUAUGGAUUUCUAUUGGCUGAAAGUCUGCGUCUGACCCCGGAGGAGCUCCAGGUCAGCCAAUCAGAGGAGGAGCUGCAGAUCUCUGAUAGGCUGCUGAGCCGCUCCAAAGCUGCCCUGCGAUUGGCUGCUUUCUCCACUGUCCAGAUGUUUCGGCCACCUCUGCAUCGUUCAUACCAGCUGUUCACUCCACAGUGUGAUGCUGAUGGACAGUGGCUGCACACACAGUGCUACCACAGCACAGGUCAGUGCUGGUGUGUCGAUGAAGAUGGAGAGUACGUCCCUGAUUCGCUGACCGGCCGCUCACUCCACCUGCCGAAAUGUCUGACUCGCUGUCAGAGAGCUCAGGCUCACACUCUGCUCUCUGGUUGGAUGAGAGGAUCUGACCGUGCCGCCACCUCACCUUAUAGGCCAAAGUGUGAGGAGGACGGCCGUUUCUCAGUGCUGCAGACAGGAGGCGCUGCAGGCUGGUGUGUGAACCCGCUGACUGGAGAGACAAUACGGACGGCCACACUGAGCCCUGCAGGACAGAUGACAUGUCCCAGCUGGUGUGAGCUGCAGGGUUUCCAGUGUCGCCCCGAUGGCUCCUUCCUCCCACUGCAGUGUGAUGUCACUUCCUGUUGGUGUGUCUCUGAGGAUGGGCAGGAAGUGGGCGGGACCCGAACACCUCGGCAGACGGGACGUACACCGUCAUGUGAUCGUCCUCUCUGUCCUGCCUCCACCGUUACCCAUGGUGCACUGGUGUGUCGUCCAGCAGCCGACGGUCGUCAGGGCUGUGAUCUCAUCUGUCACCGUGGUUACCAGAACUCACUUCCUGUCAGCAGCUUCCUUUGCGAGACAGAGAGUCUGCGAUGGACCGGAGACAACGAACCGCUGAGUGGAGCCUGUCAGAUGUCUCAGCCUCUACAGUCGGUGUCGUCCUCUCAGCUUUGGUUGUUGACAUCGUCCUGCUCUCAGAUCAGCAGUUUACAGUCUCUGCUGUUGAAGACGAUGACCAGCAGGGGGCUCUGCUCUGCACAGCUUCCCGCAUCAGGUCGCUCGGUGUCGGUGUGUGACGACUCUUCGGUGCGCCUGCUGUGUGAGGGUGACAACACGCUGAAGUUGACGGUCAGAUGGACGGCCUACCUGUCUGACCUCCCGACCUCUGACCUCCCCGACCUCCACGAUGUCGGUCUGUUUCUGAAUGAGUCCAGACUUCUGGAGGGGGUUCAGGGACUUCUGGGUAAUAUCCGGUCCAUGCUCACAUCAGAACCCAAACUGGUUUCCAUGACCACACCAAGCUUUGGCUGUUCCCGUGGUUACCACCUGGACAGUGAUGGUGGAGGCUGCAUCGUUUGUCCUGCUGGGACUCUCUCCAGGGAGGGGGCGUGUUUCCUGUGUCCUCAGGGAACCUAUCAGGAUGAAGAGGGGCGGGACUUCUGCAACAAGUGUCCUAGAGGGUCUUCACCCGCCGGAGCAUCGUCUGUCAGUCAAUGUGUGACAGAGUGUCAGAGGCGGGGCCUGCGGUGUUCGGAGCAAGGCGACUUCCUGCCAGCGCAGCCUGACUUCCUGUCCGGCAGGUGGAGGUGUUUCAGCAGUGAGGGGGCAGAGCUUCACUGGACCAUCAGCGACAAGCCUCUGACUGAUGACAAGUGCUCAGUUCUUCGCAGGUUUCAGGCUGUUCCUGGAUCAGAUCUGAUUGUUGGUGCUGAAGACACUGAAGUCCUGAAAACAAUGACCUCUGACCUCUCCACCUGUGUCCAAGCGUGUGCAGUGGAGCCGUCCUGCCACCAUGUGGCGCUGUUCAACAGACAGACUCAGUGUGAGCUGUACAGCACACACACACUGAACACACACUGCAACACCUCCCAGCAGACCAGCGGGUUUCUGGGUAAUCCUCAGGCCGAGCUGUUUGAUUGGCUGAGGUGCUCUCCGAGAGUGAGGGGCAGAGCUUCAGAUCUACUGGUCAUCAGUAAGAAAGGGGCAGAGUUUUCCUCGCUGCAGCAGCACAGCUUUAUGAGGAUGAUGAAGGCGGUCUCAGGUGUGUUCAGGACUCAGGUGUUCUCCUCCAGGCGGACCUCUCUCUCUGACGCUCAUCGUUUCUGUCAGGACGGCUGCAGCCGCGACGCCUGCUGCGACGGUUUCAUCCUCAACCAGAACAGCCUGAGCGGAGGAUCUCUGCUCUGUGGUUGGCUGAGAGCUCCGUCAGUCCUGAUGUGCGGGUACAAGGACUGGGACGUGAUUGGACAGGGAACAGCCAAUCGUAUCUGUGGGGCGGGGCUAGCCUACAAUGAGCAGCAGAGGAGCUUCGUGCUGGACUUCGGAGGCCAGAAGUUCACAAUCACUGACUCGGCGCUGCCGGCUGACAGUAAGAACAAGAAGGACUACCAGGCCUCCAUCGUCAGCUUCCAGGCCGUCUACCUAAACACAGAUGCUGAGUCAGCAGCAGCUGAUUCUGCUUCCUGUGCAGCAGCAGACGUCAGUCCUCCUCUGGACGCGUCAGUACAGCUGAAGUUUGAGUCUCUGUCUGAGGACGACGUCCUCGUUGAUCCUCAGAGGAAACUCCCCAUGUUGUCCUUCUGGCUCAACAAGAGGAACUACAACUCCCAGCAGGCACUGCUCUGGUGUCUGACACGCUGCGACGCGGAGCCGCAGUGCUCUGUGGCCGACCUUGCGGACGCCGACUCGGUGGGCUUCUUCGGCUGCUCGUUGUAUCCGGACAGCAGAGUCUGCGGCGCGUACGACAAACCCCUGAGACGGCCCUGCCGCCCCCUGCUGGACAGGACGCCCAACAACACCUACAGCAAGAAGGUGAGUCUGUCCGGACCAGUGAAGAGUUUCUAUGACAGAGUUUCCUUCCAGAAGAUGGUUUCUUACUCUGUCCGCAGCCGAGUCAGUCUGAGAGGAAACACACCGCUGUCUGAGGGGUUCAUGGAGUGUGAGCGGCGCUGUGAUGAGGAUCCUUGUUGCCGUGGUAUCGGCUUCGUCCGAGACACCAAGUCACCAGGGGGGUCAGACGUGGUCUGUCUGUCUCUGAUCAGUCUCGGGGUUCAGACCUGCGGUGAGGACGACAUGACGACCUGGAGGACUCAGGACUGCAGACCAUCUGUCGUGAAGACCACACCGGACCCCUUCGGCUGGUACCAGAAACCUGUGAACCAGUGGACUUCGUCUCCGGCUCUCUGUCCUCCAUUCAACCUGCCGACAACCAAAAACAAUGUGUCUCUGGAUCGGUGGAGUCUCCUCUCCGACUCUUCGGUCCUCGUCGACCCGUCUCUCUCUAAGUAUGAUGUCAUCCACGUGAGCCGUGACAUCGCCACCGACUGGGACAAGACCAGAGACUGGUGUCUCCAUGCCUGUCAGGAGGCGGAGUCUUGUGUUGCUGUGUCACUCAGUGAGACGGAAUCCGCCACUCGCUGUAUCCUCUACCCUGACACCACAGCCUGUGGAUUAAGCUCCUCCCCCAGCUCAUCAAGCCACACCUCCUCAUGCAGACUGGUCAUUAGAGAGCCUGCCCCCCAGGUGUACCUGAGAACAGAGCGGUUGCCAUUGGUUACAUCCAUCUCCAUCCCAGGACAUGGCACCCUGCAGGGCGUUGCUGUGGAAACAGCCCUGGGUUCAGACAGGAAGACGGUUGUUCAGUUCCUGGGUGUCCCCUACGCCCGUCCACCAAUAGGAUCGCUCCGCUUUGAAGCAGCUCAGCCAGCUGAUUGGACGGGAACCUGGGACGCCACCCAACCCCGUCCCAGUUGUGUCCAGCCAGGUGACGUAGAGUCAGCGGCUUCCAGCGAGGACUGUCUCUACCUCAACGUCUUCACUCCCGCUGCUCUGAGGGGGCCUGUUCCAGUCCUGGUUUUCUUCUUUAACCCUUCAGCCAAUCAGAAACCAGGACUGUUGGAUGGCUCCACCCUCGCUGCUGUGGGUAAUGUCGUCGUGGUGACGGCUAGCUACCGAACCGCCGCGCUAGGAUUCCUGAGCACAGGCCUGUCUGGUCUCCAUGGUAACUACGGUCUGUCGGACCAGGAGGCGGUGCUUCGUUGGGUUAACGCCUACAUCUCUCUGGUGGGCGGAGACAACAGGAGAGUGACAGUCGGGGCGGAGCGACGUGGCGCUGACACCACCAGCCUUCACCUCCUCUCCUCCUCCUCCUCCUCCUCUCCUCCUCUGUUCCAGCGUAUGAUGCUGAUGGGCGGCGCUGUGUUUUCUCCAUCACUGGUUCAGACUCCCUCCACCUCCAGGCGUCAGGCGGUCGAUCUGGCCAAAGAGCUCGGCUGCGUGACCUCCGACCUCGACGAGAUGGCCGCCUGCCUCAGAGCGACGCCUGUUCACACUCUCAACGCCGCUCAGACAAAGCUGCUGGCCGUCAGCGGUCCGUUCCAGUCCUGGUCUCCGGUCCGUCAGUCCGUCCCUCAGUCGUCCUUCCACAGAGUCGACCUGCUGCUGGGAACGUCCGAACACGACGGUCUGAUCAGCCGAGCUCGCAGGAUAAAGGACUUCGAGGCUCUGCAGGGUCGAGCCGACGGUAAGACGGCGUUUUACGAGGCUCUGAGUCGCUCGCUGGGCGGAGCGACAGGAAGUGACCCGCUGAAGGAGGCGGCGGCCUGGUUCUACUCUCUGGAUCACAGCCCGUCAGCUGCUGGCUACAGCCUGUUCUCCAGAGCGCUGAACAACGCCACCAGGGAUCUGUUCAUCAUCUGUCCCAGUCUGCAGAUGGCUAGCCACUGGGCUAACAGCAAAGCUAACGUCUUCCUGUACCACCAACCUGCCACCAGCGCUCACAACAGGGCUGACGCGUCUGUUCCUCUGGACGUUCAGUUUGUGUUUGGGACUCCUCAUCAUCCAAUGAGCUCUCAGCGUUUCACUUCCUCUGAUCGGCGCCUCUCCCUGGCCAUGAUGAGCUACGUCUCCAGCUUCGUCCAGACCGGGAACCCGAACCCGUCCCCCGUGUGGGCCGAGUCCGUUCUGCCCCGCUGGCAGCAGGUCCUGUCCUCUGAAGCUCCGCCCACCUACCUGCAGCUAAGCCCCGCCCUCCGACAUAAUCAAGGUCUGAGUCAGAGCUCCUGCUCCUUCUGGAGCCAACUGGGAACCAGACUGACCAGUCUGAGAGGUGAGUCGGGGGCGGAGCCUGUUCAGCCUCAGAUCCCUGAGCUCCCAGUGGCUGCACCAUCCAGCCAAUCACAGACUGAGAAAGAUGCCUACAGCUAAACAGAUGACAUCAUCAUCCCUUCCUCAUGACAUCAGUUUCCUGCCACCAGAUUCAAACUGAUCCCAAACAAACAGCCUCUGUCUGAAUCAUCAAUAAAAGCAUUUUAAAGCGUCUCUGCCGUCUGUCU